UAUCAGUGUUUUAUCAGUAAAUUCACUUUAUGAAUCUAAUGUUAUAUUUUGUGAUGUAAUGAAAUAAACAGCAGGGGGCAGACUUUUACUUCCUAGUUCACAGGUCACCUUUCCGGAAGCACGUGACCUGACUCCCAGCUCCGCGUGUGCAUGAAAACAGCUGAGAGGAGGAAACGUUUAAUUCACUGGAUAACAUGGAGGACAGUAACGUCAUCAAGCUGCCGGUAACGAAGGAGCCCGCCGCACAGAGGAAGAGACCGGGAGCACCGGAACCAACACCGGGCAGCGAGGCCAAGCGGAGGCUGAGCAACGUGCAGCGGCUCGCGGCUCUGCGCGAGACCGACGGCUCGGUGCGGCUGCUGGAGGAGCUGCUGUUUGGGGCCGAAGACCAGCUGCUGCACCGCCUGGUGGAGCAGGAGGAUGAGGAGCAGACCGUAGCGGUGUCUGUGGAGGCCGGCGAUGAAGAGUCGGGUGAAUCGGAGGCGGAGGAGGCGGCUCGUGUGCAGGAGCAGCCGAGCAGCAGAGCCGCCUGGGUGGACAACGAUGACGAGCUGGAGGAAGAGGUCGACAUGAAGCAUCGUUACCGUAGAGACCUGAUGAAAGGAGACGCUGAGUCCGUCAUGAACAAACAGAAGCUACAGCAGAGGAUGAGAGAGCAGUUUCAGAAGUCGAUGGGAGGAACUCCGUUGUGGGCAGAGAGCAGCGCUGAGAAGAAGAAGAAGAAGAGGAGGAGGAGAGCUGCUGAUGAAGAUGAUGAAGAGGAGGAGGAGGAAGAGGAUGACCUGAUCAGGAGGACGGGAAACUUCGUGGCGUCUUCAGAGAGUCUGACCGGCGGCAUCCUGAGGAUGAAGAAAUGUUCGAACGCUAACAGCGCUCGUCCGUCAGAGGACCGGCUCACCUCGGUCCAGUUCCAUCCCUCCGCUCAGGUCGUCAUGACGGCCGGCCUCGACCAAUCCAUCUCCCUCUUCCAGGUGGACGGGAAGACCAACCCAAAGAUCCAGAGCGUCCACCUGGACCGGUUCCCGAUCCACAGAGCCCAGUUCAGCCGAGACGGAGACAUGCUGAUCGCCACCAGCUUGAAGAACAAGAUGUUCUACCUGUAUGACAUGAUGGAGGGCCGGGUCACACCUGUUCAUACUGUCAGAGGUCUGAAUGAAGCCCGGGUGAAGGAGUUCUCUGUGUGUCCUGAUGGUGGCGCUCUGCUGCUCACUGGGACCAGUGGAUACCUGCACCUGCUCACACUCAAGACUAAGGAGGUGGUUCGCAGUAUGAAGAUUAACGGUAACGUCAGCGGCGUCGCGUUCUCUAACGACGGCAGCAAAGUCUUCGCCAACUCAGAGGAGGGGGAGGUGUAUGUGUGGGACAUGCGCAGCAGUCGGUGUGUGAACAGGUUCACAGAUGACGGCUGUGUGAGAGGAACGUCCAUCGCUGCUUCACCUAACGGACGCUACCUCGCCUGCGGCUCUCAGUCGGGCGUGGUCAACCUCUACACGCAGGACUCGUGUCUGAACUCAGCCAAUCCCAAACCUGUAAAAGCUGUGAUGAACCUGCUGACCUCGGCAACCUCCCUGACCUUUAACCCCACCUCUGAGAUCCUCGCCAUCGCCUCCAGAGCUGAGGACGAAGCCGUGAGACUGCUCCACCUGUCCAGCCUCUCAGUCUUCUCUAACUUUCCGGUCUCUAAGAGGAAGAUCGUCCAUCGAACCUUCUGCAUCGACUUCUCUCCACACAGCGGCUUCUUCGCAUUGGCUAACAACAAAGGACACGCCCCCCUCUACAGGUUGCUGCAUUAUAAAACCUUCUGAGGAGGAAGAGGACGAUGAAGAGCGACAGACUGAACUGAUGAGAGUUUAUUGUGUGAAACUUGUUUAUUUUUUAUUGUUCAUAUAAAG